CGAAAGAAUGAUGUGUACACAUACGACUCACCAUCAGCGCAACGCGCACUGAAAAAUACCCUAGUUCUGUGCCGGAGGCCGUGUUGGAACCCAAUUUAUCGUGUGUGAACCCCGAGGGCUGUUUCAAUUUGUGCUGUUUACAGAUCGUACGCGACCACCCAGCCGACGGUCAUGCUGUGAAGAGUCGGGGUUCCUGCAUUGCAACGUAUGCACAAGUUUUCGGUGCAUUCCGAGUCGGUCAUUGGAAAAAGAUUUGCCGAUGAAGUGCACCUUUCGUGCGUACGUGUGUGUUUGUCAAAUUGUCCAUAAAGCAAUGUAUCUGCAAAAAAGUGUUUCGGAUGUCUAAUGGAAGGCAUACGUCUCGCGGUAAACAUGUACAACCAUUUUUCGCUUUGGUUCUACGUGGCCUGUUGAAGAAUUUAUGAAUGAAACACUUUAUGUAGUUUCGGGAGUGUGCGUAUGUGUUUGUAUUACUGGCGUGAAAAGGUAGUUGAAGAUGCUACCAUGUGAUGAAGGUUAACCUACACUGUAUCAAGGUUGGAUAAUAAUAAUCGUCGCAAUAAUAAUCCCCCCAAAGUGCUGGCCCCCCAGCGAGCUGUAAGUGGAGUGAGUGAGCGAGCGGGUAAUAGCGGAUAGUAAAGCAAAAGUGAAGUGUUGGAAAAUCCUCCUUACGUAAGGUGGUAAGUUAAUAGUGCAAGGAAAAGUGCAAUAUUGGGAGGCAACCAAUAUCUGCAACCGGAGUUACAACCCGGAGCUAUUCGCUGUUUUUACGACGACGUUUCACCGCGGUAAUCGAGUGGUAGCGGAGACGAUUGGUUGGUAGACGCGACACGCAAUUCACACGCAUCAGAAUGUCGUUCGUCAGUGGUACCACCGACACCGAGGCGGCACAAAAGUUUCUCGAGGUGCUGCAGAACGAUUUUCGCAAUCUAUCGCUCGAGACGAAGAAAAAGUUUCCACAGAUCAAAGAGUCAUGCGAGGAAGCGAUCCUGAAAUUGAAAUCGGCCGGUGCUAAUCCGCAAACACCUGUCUACUAUGUGGUCAACCAGAUUCUUUACCCACUGGUGCAGGGAUGCGAGUCGAAGGAUUUGAAAAUAAUCAAAUUUUGUCUCGGGAUGAUGCAGCGGCUCAUCACACAACAGGUGGUGGAUCAGAAGGGGGCGCGCUACAUCACCGACACACUCUGGAUGCUGAUGGAGAACGGUACGGAAGAGGUGAAGGUACUGCAAAGCGUCACGCUGCUGCUCACCACAAACACGGUCGUGCACGGGGAAACGCUGGCGAAAACGCUGGUCCUCUGCUUUCGCCUACACUUCACGAAGGACUCGACGACGAUCAAUACGGCCGGUGCGACCGUCCGGCAGCUGGUAUCGCUUGUGUUCGAGCGCGUGGUCGCCGAGGAGGCGGAAGCGGACGCUAAUCAGGACGAACGGCGUGAGGUGAACCUGGAGGAGUUGAAGCUAGCGACGGGGGUCGCCCCGAAAGGUUUGCUUCCGUGCGCGGCCGACGCAUUUCUGCUGUUCCAGGAUCUGGUACAGCUGGUCAACGCUGACCAACCCUACUGGCUGCUGGGCAUGACCGAGAUGACCCGCACAUUCGGGCUGGAAUUGCUCGAGUCCGUUCUCACGCAGUACACGUCGGUGUUUUACAGAAAUCCCGAAUUUAGCUUUCUGCUGAAAGAGCGCGUCUGUGCGCUGGUGAUAAAGCUCUUCUCGCCCAACAUCAAAUAUCGCACCAUCGCCCCACAGGCCGGCGUAGGCGGUGCAGGAGUACAACCGGGCGGUGGUGCACCGCACGACAAACCGUACUUCCCCAUCAGCAUGCGGCUGUUGCGUGUGGUUUCGAUACUGAUCCAGAGGUAUCACAGUCUGCUGGUGACGGAGUGCGAAAUCUUCCUAUCGCUCAUCGUAAAGUUCCUGGACCCGGACAAGCCGGCAUGGCAGAGAUCACUCGCGCUGGAAGUGCUGCACAAGAUGACCAUCCAGCCGGAACUGCUCAUCUCGUUCUGCCGGUGUUACGAUCUCAAGGAUCAUGCGACGAACAUCUUCCAGGACAUUAUCAACUCGCUCGGCACGUACGUGCAGAGUUUGUUCAUCAAUCCGCAGCUGCUCAGUGCGUCGCUUGGAACCGGCGGUGUCGGUGGAGGUGGUGGUGGUGGUGGUGGUGGCAGUGGAGGUGGUGGAAGUGGUAGCGGUAUCGGAGGAACCUCUGGACAGCAGUCGCAGCUGAUGGGCGGUAUGCCCGUCGGGCCGGGAAUCUCGCCCCAGCCCGGUUUCAUUUUUCGCGGUGUGUUCCUCCCGCUCGUGGUCACAUUCCCGAGCGGGCAAUCGAAGUCUACCUUUCUGGAGAUGCUGGACAAGAUGGAACCACCGCCCAUCCCGGAUGGGUAUGGUAUAUCGGUGGCGUACGCCUGCCUGCUCGACAUCGUACGCUCGAUUUCACUCUCGAUACAGGGUCCGUCCCAGCUUGGCGAGGAAACUCCGGCACCCUAUCUGCAGCGGGUCAGCGAAGCGGACAAGGCACUGCACAUUCAGCUGAUACACUCAAGCUGGCUGGGAUUACUGACGGCGCUGGGUCCACUGAUUGAUGCCGCGACGGAUGAAUCCUCCACGGAGAGCGUGCUGAAGGCAAUCCAAAACUUUGCGGCGCUGUGCGGUCUGCUGGAGCUGCACACGCCGCGGGAUGCCUUCAUUACGGCGCUUUGCCGUGCCUCGCUGCCGCCGCAUUACGCGCUGUCGGUGCUGAACGUGAACUAUCAGGGUAGCGCGUUCAAAUCCCACAUGCGCCUGGGCAGCCAGGACAUGACGGCGGCGGGCAUUGGCUAUCACGGAGGUACCUACGCGGACAUCGAUCAGCAGCAGCAGCAACGGCACCCAGUGGUGGCCGUUGGUACGCCGCUCCCAACGUCCUCACUUCCCGUCGGUGCCCACCAGGGACCGGUGCUGUUGACCGCCAAAAAUCUGCAGUGCAUGCGUUCGGUACUGCAUCUGGCCCACUGCCACGGUAGCAUACUGGGCAGCUCGUGGCACAUUGUGCUCACCACUUUGCAGCAUUUAGCGUGGAUUCUCGGGCUAAAGCCCUCGACCGGUGGAAGCCUGCAGGCCGUUCAGAAGCCUCCGACCGACGCGAACUCCAUCACCCAAGUUAUGACCGACCUGCCGGUUCUGUCGACGAUGCUGAGCCAGCUGUUCGAGUCCAGUCAGUAUUUGGACGAUGUCGCACUGCACCAUCUCAUCGACGCCCUGUGCAAGUUGUCGCACGAAGCGAUGGAACUGGCGUACAAUAAUCGCGAGCCGUCACUUUUCGCGGUGGCAAAGCUGCUGGAGACGGGUCUCGUCAAUCUGUCCCGCAUCGAGGUGCUGUGGCGCCCGCUAACGAACCACCUGCUGGAAAUCUGCCACCAUCCGCACAUUCGCAUGCGAGAGUGGGGCGUCGAAGCGAUUACGUAUCUGGUGAAGGCCGCCCUGCAGUACAAGUACGAGAGACCGUUGAAGGAGAAUCUAAAGCUGCAGACGCUGCUGCUAGGACCGCUGUCGGAACUGUCGUCGGUCCCGCACGGUGACGUACGUCAGCGCCAGCUGGACUGUGUGUUGCUCGUUCUGAAUGGGGCGGGUGAAACACUCUCGCAUGGUUGGCCGCUAGUUCUCGGUAUCAUCGGUGCCGUCAGCGACCAUCACGGUGAAACGUUGAUCCGUAUCGCUUUCCAGUGUUUGCAGUUGGUUGUUACAGAUUUUCUACCCGUCAUGCCCUGGCGUUGUCUCCCGUUAUGCGUCAAUACAGCGGCAAAGUUUGGUUCGCAAACUCAGGAGCUCAACAUUUCACUGACCGCCGUUGGGUUGAUGUGGAAUAUUUCAGAUUACUUCAAUCAAAAUCAGGAGAAACUGUCGCAAACCGUUUGUGACGAUAUGUCGGUGCUACCGGACUUCCCGGGUACGUUAAACAUGCCCCACUUCGACCGUUUGUGGAUGUGUUUGUACGCCCGGCUGGGUGAUCUGUGCGUGGAUCCGCGUCCGGCCGUGAGGAAAUCGGCCGGCCAAACUCUUUUUUCCACCAUUUCGGCACAUGGCGCACUGCUGAACCCACCGACCUGGCAGGCCGUCCUGUGGCAGGUGCUGUUUCCGCUGCUGGAUAAGGUGCGGGCCCUGUCGAGCUGUGCCAGCAACGAGAAGGUCGACACCAGUGGUAACAUUCUUAUUCAUCAUUCGCGUAACACAGCCCAAAAGCAGUGGGCGGAAACUCAGGUCCUCACACUGUCCGGUGUGUCGAGGGUAUUCAACACAAAGCGUGCACUGCUGCAGAUGUUGGGUGAUUUUCCCCGUGCUUGGGCACUGCUGUUGGAAUUCAUUGAAAACUCCGCGCUCAGUAAAAGCAACGAAGUGUCACUAGCAGCGCUAAAAUCGUUCCAAGAAAUCCUCUAUAACCGUCCCACAGUACCUGCCGCAGGUGGAGCGACAUCCGCUUCGACGGGUGGUGGUGCCGGAGAUGAAGCUGGUGCGGUACGAACAUCAUCCGCAUCCGCUGACGUCGACAUUUGGAACGUAGCGUGGCGUGUUUGGUUAAAUAUUGGUGCCGAAAGUACCAAACCUCCAUCCCUUGGUGACCUCUCCGAGAAGGGUGCCGGUGUAGGAGGCAGUAACAGCAGUGGCACUGAGGAUCUAUACAUCCCCAGCCAAGCCUUCCUGACCGCCCUGGUACACAUCUUUCCUGCACUGUUUCAGCACAUACGAGCGCGUUUCAAUAGCAAAGAUCUGACGCAACUCUGUGCAGUGUUAAUGAACGCUGUGGCCGUCCCAGUGCAUAGUGAUUCGACGCCUUACAUUAUGUCCACUAUUUCGGAUUCGUUGUUGACACCGUUGCACGACGGAGUGCUUGACUGCAUGGAGCUGCUUCAGAAGGAGGCCAUCCACGGUAGUGGCGGUGGGAGCGGAAUAAAAAAUAUGAUAUCGGCCAUUUUUAAGCAAUUGUUAAGUUUCAGUAAAUUUGCCUGUGCUCCACCGAGCUUUGACCGCGUUGAAACACGACCGCUAAAAUCGUCGAGAAGUGGGAGCGGUAGCACGGGCACAAGCACUGGAAACAAUAGUACCGGCGGACUCAUUCACCCCGUAUCAUCCACCACCAACGCGAACGGUGUCGAAUGGGUCAGCAUGAAUUACAUUCCGUUCGGUGAGAAAGCACUCACCGUUGCAGUAAAGCUUUACCAACAGACGGCCAACGAUGUGGCGGUGAUUGAGGGACAGAUACUGCACGAAAUCAUCAAAGCGCUCCAUCUGCCACUGUCGCUAAAAUAUAAGUGCAUGUCCUCGAGCACAUGGAAGUUGGCUAUUUCGAGCCUGAUCAGUGUGCUGCAUACCGGGUUGCCAGUCUCGCGAAAACACCCGAAACAGUUUGCCGCUAUGUGGAAAGAUUUGGCAGACACAUUGGAUCAGUUUUUGUUUACGAAAAGCAUUUGCAUCGUCGAGGAUCGCGGGCUUGAUGAACUUAUUUUGGAUGAAACGAUCGAUUGUCAGGUGAUCGAGCUGAUACGCGAUGAAAUUCUCCCAUACAGCCAAGAGAUUCCGCAACAGUUCAUCUUGGACGCGGUGGUAAUCUUGAACAAGGGCUCGAUCCAUUCGGCAACGACCGGCAGCACACCGUUUGCCGGGUGUGAAACAGAGCUGAAACUGCGCGAAGAGUUUGCAAAGACGUGCUUCGAAACGUUGCUUCAGUUUUCGCUGCUGGAAGAUCGCGUCGGUACAGUGGCUGCCGGUGCAGUCGACGAAAAGGAUACUAAUCAGGUGAACAACAACUCCACCCUAUGCGAUGGCCAGGGCAGUAAAACGUCCGAGGGAGGUAUCGCGGGACAGUUAGCAAUAACGGCACUGCUGCACCGGUUUGAGGAGGUUCUUAGAAAGUUCAACGAAGAUGAACGGUUGAGUGGUAAAUUUCCCUUACCAAGGUAUCGUUUGUCGGAAAUUUCGUUCGUGCUAAAAGCCGUCGCUACUCUUGUGAUAUCUAUGAAAAAAGCGCCCCCUGCUAAAGUUGGUACUACCGCCUGGGAGCAACUGAUCAGUCUAUAUCCCUAUCUGGUCGAUUGUACAACUACCAGCUCAGCCGAGGUAUCUCGUUCACUUCGUGAGGCAUUGCUGCAAUACUGUGAUUUGCUUCGACCACCCCCGUGCGUGUCAACCGGUGCUGCAGAUGCAAACGGUCACACUGGAUCAGGCCAUAGCAACGCCCUGACAACUACCAACAACAAUGAGAUUGUGAACACAAACGGUAUCAGCCACUGUUAGCUGAUGUCCAACACCUCGUCCAGUUUCUUCUUCCUCGUGUGGUACGAUUCGGGUUUAUUGAUGAAGUUGCUGGUCUAGGUUUUGUAGUUUUCUUUACAAACCGGUCCAACACCGACCGAUUAUGAGAGGACACAACAUUGGCAGUGCAAAUUAAUUUCGUUUAUCCGAAAUCUGAUCGCCAUACACUACGAAGAAAUUGUCCAGACGGUUUUUGCCCCACCCCAGUCGUAUGAUGAAUGAAUUGUAGAGCGUAGGAAAGUGUAUGCGAAGAAGGAAUGUCAUAUGUUUCAAAGAAGCACAGCGCAAUAGAGGGUGAUAUCGAUCGCACUUAUUCAACAGAUAUCGAUUUACGUUAGUAUUAGCAUUAUACGUUCAUGCCGCUGCUAUAAAAACAACAAUGCGAUUACAUUUUUUCAAAAAAUCAAUGGUACUAACGACAAGGGGUUAGAAGAAAUGAUAAUUGCACGGAGCUUUCUUAAGUCAAGUUCCCAGCGACCCAGUUCAUCACACUUUAGUUACUACAGUAGCAAACCAAUAAGAUCCGAUUUUGAACAAGAAAGUUCAUACCGGUCACAGUAUCAUGCACAGUUUACUAAAUUCAAAACCAUUACAUCCCGAAAGCCAAUGCCGGUAGGAUUAUCCCUCUCCAAGUUUCAUGCAGCUGUUUAGCUGUAAAGUAUUUGUCCUUACCAUCAUAUCGAUACACAGUAAAUAAUUUACUUCAGUAGCGUAGAGAAUGUUCUUGUAGUGUUCUUGUUCAAUUCAUUCGCCCGUAAGUUUGCAUAUUGCACGUUUUCUUCUACGAAACCCAUAUUCUACAAUCAAACAUUACCAAAAAAUAUCAUCAAAACAAAAACCUCCGCAAAAUGCAACUAUUUCCAACAGCCACGGCUUUCUAACGUUCCUCGUUCCACACGUUCCAGUUAGAAUUAUUAGCAUAUUAGCAGCAUUAGCACGAUUUAGCAUGUUGCAAUGUACCAGUUCAAAUGAUUAGAAACAAAUGCAAAAAAAAAACAACAUCUGAAUAUGAUUGUCCCAACAUGUUUCAUUCAGCUGACUUAUGUUGCGUGAGAUUGUGAGAGAUUUCGUUUGCUAGUUUUGAUUUAAAUGAUUGCACUCAAACAAAACCAUAGUCCAUGGUUGAACAUAGUACUAAUGUACACAGGUGGGCAAAGCUAGAGCUGAUUGAAGAACGAUCUGCCGCGAAAGUUUGGUGGAUGUAGGCCAAAUCCUCGACCUGACAAGAUUCCUAUUCCUAUUUUAUCCGCACUUAACUAGUUGUUAAAGGAGCAAAACUCGGCUAAGGAAGCGAAAUCAUCUUAAAUGGUUGUGUUGUAUGACGUGAAUAAAGAGAGAGAGAAAAGAAAAGAAAUCAACCCUAACCACAGGCCACACUCCGAAUGCCGUUAAAUAUUCGACUAUAAACCAUAAUUAAAAAUCGAAUUUUCUAAGGAUCAUAGAAGAAGUAAUCCCUCCCUAUCCCUAUCUUUUCCUUUCUAGGUACCACAAGCUUCUUGUAAUGAUCCGCUUGCCACCCAGGAUGUGUUAAAGAGAAAUUUUACACUCGUAAUACCAGGUGCGUGAUUGUCAAAAAGAACUGGUGGUUAAACAAAUGUGUCGUAUUACAUAUUUUAACGUACGGUACAGCGCCCUAUUCAGUUUUAGCAAAAAAAAGGAAACGGAAAACACUAUUCACAGGUGGCGAUUGCCAACUGGAAUGGAGGAGUUUUAACGAAUUUACAUUGAAAAGGUAUCUAAAAUUCAAAAUAAAGAUUUAUUAGUGACAACAGGAGAGCAACGUUGUUGGCCUUCAUUCAUUCAUCUCCGGAGGACGGAGGUCUGAUUUGAGAUCCGAUAAGAAUAACUUUUUAC